AUGGUAAAAUCAACAACCCUUGGAAGCCUUAAUACACUGGAAGGCUCACCAUCUUCAUCAUCAUCAUCGUCAUCGACGGGCAACACAUCACCGCUCUCAGCCAUUAACGCUGCCAUGCACAAUGCUUCUGUUCUCUAUAACUCCCUCAACCACACUUCGUUUUUGCAACGACACUUGCAACACAGCAAAGGCACCACCGCUAUUCUCUCAUCAUCACCAUCCUCUAUCACAACCACCAUUACCGCUAACAUUACAACAAAUAGAACGCUUCCGAUCUCAAGGGACGACUUUUCUCUCAAAUCCUUUCAAGCACCAAUCCACAACGUUUCCAACGACCAAGAGUCAUCCUCACUCCCUAAACUCAAUCUAAGCUCCAUCACCAAGCAAUCAAAAACCAAACGAAAAUCGUCGACCAAAUCAGGAACUAGAGCAAAAAGCGAACCUUCAUCACCCUCAGAUGACAGCAGCUCUUCAUCAGGAAGCACUGCGCAAUCCUCUGGAAAACGAAAGAGUUGCAAUCGAUGGACCAAAACCGAGAAUGAAAUGCUCAUCAAGGCCAUCGAAAAGUAUGGUGAAAAGAAGUGGAAUGAAAUUGCUAAAAUGGUGGGUACCAAGAACAGUGAUCAAUGUAAUCAACACUGGUGGCGAGUGCUCAAUCCCAAGAUUUGUAAAAAACCAUGGAGUGAAGAAGAAGAUUUGAUGCUCAUUGACAAGGUUCGUGAAUUUGGAGAAAGCGCUUGGAAGAGUAUUGCCGAUUCGUUCAUUGGAAGGACCGAUAUUCAGUGUCGCCAUCGAUGGAUCAUGCUGCGCAAGUACGAGCAAGAGGGAAAGGGUAGACCAGUCUCUCGAACGAACAUUACUUGCAAUUCUAAUGUGACCAUUCCUCAAAAGCUGAAAGAGACUCUUACUGAGGCAUCUUCUACGGUUGCUCCCUCACAACCUCAAUCAACCAGGAAGACACAGGCCCGAAAAAAGAGAAGCACCUCCAAUGCCAGUAGCAAUGGUAACAAUACCAAACAACCUGAGUGUACAGGUACAUGGAGUGCAUUCUUGUCCAGUGAAGGAGACUUGUUGUGCAAUGAAGAUCCAUUCCCAAUGUUAAACUUCCAAGCGUUGUCGCCCACACAACAACAUUUGACUCCUCACCAACUUCUCCGUGCUGUCAAGAGAGAAGAUAGCUUUGAUCGAGAUUCAUUCGAAGAUGCUGGCCACGAUGAUUUGAUGGAUGAGUCUGUGUACCACUUUGACCAGCAAGAGAUUCUUUUGUGUGAAGGAACUGCCAUUGUUCCAUUCGAAUGUAAGCUUGAAAUAGCUCAACCCUUAAUUGUGAAUGGUGGUGGUGCUGAGGCUGAAAACUUUGAUCCUUGUCAAGAGGAAGUUGACGAUUUUGUGAGACGUGAUAUUGAACUCGAAGAAAAAUUGUUCAAUAUUCAAACGAAUCCUGAUGCAGACAUUUUGAAUCAUAUGAUGGUCAUGUCAUCUUGCUCUUCGACAACACCAAGCAAUCAUCUUCGAACAAGCAACCAAGCACUUGGAAAUAUGUUUGAUCCAGCUGCCGUUCCAUGUAGUAGCCCUUCUUUUGCAGCGCUUGCUGGCAACCCAAAGGAGUUUUCAACUGUCUUUGCAGAGUGGGAUGAAUUUGAGAACUCUGGUUUUUUGACUUCAGGAAGCUUAUUUUAA